AUGUGGGGGUCCGUGGCAGUUGUCUGGGCCAUCUGUCUGGCUUGUAUUCAACACGCUGUGUUCCCAUGGAUCCUCCCCUUCGGGUCAAACAAGGACAGGCCUCACCCGGCACACGGAGCUCUGACAGGGAAGGUCGAGUGCUUCUCCGACUACAUGACCCUGCAGAUCCCGAGGAGCCAUGUGCAGGGUUUGAGGCAGUGGCUGGCCAGGGUCCUGCACCUGCCAGGCACCAAGAGGGCCCCCAGCCACCUGGAUUCUCUUCUUACCAAAUGUGGUUUCCUCUUGCAUCCUGCUCAAGAGGGCGGCUUUAUCUUCCGAGCGCUGUACUCUGGCUGCUUUGUGCAGAAAGAGAAAGCAAAUUACAGGUUGGAAAUCAGAAUGUUUCAAAAAGGGGCAAGAAGGUUGAAGCAGAGUGAUCGCUACAUAAUGAAGUGUCCCGUGAUCACGUUGAGGCUGGGUGAACAGAACGUCCGCUGCCACCCCUCAUUCAUUCAGGUCUCUAGGCCCUUGCCUCCAAGGAUGGACGGUGGACAGACCCCGUGGUUGCUGUCCCUUCGAGGGGAGCUGGUGGCUUCUCUGGAGGAUGCCAGCUUGAUGGGCUUAGAUGUGGACAUUGGUGCCAGCACAGUCACCAUCCAAAGCCCAAGACAAGAACUUCUUCAGAGGCAGGAGGUAUGGAACACUUCCCUGGAGCUCCUGCCUCUCUGGUUGGUGAGCGGCUCCUAUGCCUAUUCCCUCAAGGCUGCGUGCCCGCUGGCAUCGUCUCAGCCAGGGGCGGAGAUCUCAGUUCACAUCCCCAAACAGAGACUGGGUCUGGUCAGGAGAGGAUCCCGUGUGGAAGAGUCUCUGAGCCCCAGAUUCCUUCGGGUGCACCAGUCCGACACCUUCACGGUGACCGAGGACAGGGACUUCCUGGUCGUCAGCAUCCCAGCACCGCUGCUGCUCCAGGACCAGCCAUGCCCAGAGGCCAGAGACUCCCCAGGGACACAAGCUUUCUACAGGAUAGACCUGAGCCUGGCCUUUGCAGAGAUGGUCUCCCCGGUGCACUGGACAGUGGAGAACUUUUUCCAGUGUGUGGUUUCCUGCGGCACUGAUAUUGAUUUUGAAAGGGAGGGUUGGAACUCUACCCGGCCAGGAUUCAGCUUGCAAUGGGAGAGAGAGCUGGGAGGGAGCAGAGGCCACCAGACGGGGGUCUCUCCAGCAGCCUGUAAGGGGAGAUAAGAGAAUUCUAUGGAAUCUCGUGGAGGGCAGGUGGACUCAGGGGGAGGUGCCAACGAUGAGGUGGACUUUGUCCUGGCCUCUGAAGGGUAGGUAGGUUGUUCACAGGGAGAUAAUGAAUAAAAAACAAAAAUAGCAGCAGCAAUAAAAACAUUUUAGGAGGAUUUUUUUCCCUCCCUGGGAAGAUUUACACGGGGAAAGAAUGUUCCCUUUCUGGUUUUAUUAAUUUCAUAUCAGCAGCCGGAAUGAAUCUCUCCCCUCCCUGGUCCCCAGCGCACCUCCUCUGUACCUCCCUGCAGCUUCUAGAGCUUUCUGUUCUUUUUAUAGUCUCUGCUCUCCGCUCCUGACUUCCCUGCAGCCUAAGAACCUGGAGACCAGGGGCUGCGCCUCAGACAGGUUUUCUUCUCCAGCUUUUAGCAACCACUUACAAGUGCCAUUUAGACCCAGUGAUUUUCACCAGGAAUUUUUACAAAAUGUUUUUCUUUGUUAAUAUUGUGACUCAUGAGUUACACUAUUAAUGGGUCGCCUACGUGCCUUUGGUUCCUGAACUUUCCAUUUAGACUUUUGUUCAUUUUUUUUUGCACAUGGGGGUUUUGCCUGCGUGUGUGCUAUGUAUCAGUUUAUGACCUCAGAGUCAGAAGAGGGCAUCAGAUCCCCUGGAAUUAGAGUGACAGGUGGUUGUGACACACCAUGUGGCUGCCGGAAACCGAAUGCUGGUCCUUUGAAAGAGCAGCCAGUGCUCUUAACCAUCAAGCCUUCAGCCUGACAAUAGAUUUUUAAAAGUCUCCCUCUUCCCUGAAAAAAUGAAAACCAAACUCAAACAGUGUUUUAAGAGCAUCCUAACUGUUUCAGAUGGCAGCUUCUGAGAGUGGUAGAGUAAGUGGAGUGCCCAUCCCCAGAACAGAAAAGCCAAUGGCAGUGGGGGCGUGGCGAUGGCAGUGGGGGUGUGGCUAUGCAGUGGAGGUGUGGCUAUGCAGUGGAGGUGUGGCGAUGGCACUGAGGGCGUGGC